AUGUUUUCAGAAUAUGCCUCCCGCUUCCUUGCCCAGUCACAGUCACGACUAGUCCCUCAUUCUGAAGAAACGCGCAGAAAAGGCCAUGGGCGCUUCAUGCAACAACCGAGAAAUUCUCGCAUUCUACCCUCGCGGUCCUUUUUGCAAAGAGCGACUCUUGACCCGUAUCACCCGGCGACAUCUCAGAUAUCCAACCUUCCCUUUUCUCGGAACUUGGCCCGGCCGGCGCCCCUUUUUUACAGUGCUACUGACGAGUUCCGUGAAGAGGAUGAUGAAGCAGAGCAUGAACGUGAAAUCGCCGACUUCUACGCCCUUCAGAAAUCAAGACGGAAUUUUGGUAGUAGUCAUCUCCGAGACUCAUCGGAAAUUGACGAAGAAGAUGACCAUUCUAGUAGUGCUGAGGAGAAUGGAGUAGCCAGAUAUGGCAUGUAUAGCAAAGGGCAGGGUAUCAGGAGCUCCUGGCGCCCCGUGACGUCCUAUCAUAACGAGCGAGACGUGAAUGUUGGCCCCGUGGCUGAGGGUGUUGAUGUUGAAGACGGACCACGCCUGGACGGAGACAAUAUCAAAGCUAGAGAGAAACUAGUUGACGUUCAUCUCGAAGAUAGCCUGCGAUCUACCGUGGAUAAUGAUAGAGUCGAUUCUUCAGAGACAGGCGAUGAUAAUCCUCCCUCUAUCCAACGAUUUCGGGAACAGCCUCAACAACAGAAGGGUAAUUUUGGCAUAGACUCAUUUUUCAUGCCCGUGAAAACGGAUCGACAAACAUUAACAGAUGACCCCCAGCCAUCAAGUCCCACAAAUUCUCUUCGAAUGUCGUUUGUACCGGUAAGAACGGAGUCGCCCGUACAUGAUGCCUUUUGGGGUCAACUCUUCUUGAUAUCCCUCGCUUGUCUUUUCGCUACAUCAUUCCUUGUCUAUCUUCAUACCUCGGCUCCCUCCGGGGACAAAUCGAAGUGGGGCGACACUGUGUACUUGACUAUCCACGCCUCCUUCUAUCUCCUAGGUGUGUAUACCGUUGUCUCGAUUUUUGUCUCACUGCUGUGGCUUGCGCUACUGCGAUCCUACGUGCGUCAACUGGUUCACGUGAUCUUAUUCGCUGUUCCUAUCAUUCUGUAUUCUUUCUCUCUUUAUCCAUUUGUUUCAAGCUUCAGAGGCGCCUGGCAUGGAACAAGCAUACAGGAUAAAGUGAUGAGAUGGGGUUCCAUCAUCCCGUUCAUCAUGGCUAGCGUGUGGAUAUACAAUGUAAUCCGGGGCCGCCAUGCUAUAGGCAAAGCAAUUGGUAUUCUGGAGUUUGCAUGUCGGAUCCUCGCCGCAAACCCGGAGCUACUAAUAUUUGGUCUUGGCAUUCUCGCCUUCACCGUCUCAUGGACGUGGUUGUGGAUGCUUAUGUUCACGCGGGUGUUUCUAGGAGGAAAUAUAACGGGGUCGAAGCGCUUCGUUGUCAGUUUCAGUAGUUGGUGGCUGGGGGUCUGCUUCAUUCUUGUCUACCUAUGGUCACUGGGAGUCGUGGCGGGUAUUCAACGUGCAGUUACAGCUGCUACAGUAAGCCAGUGGUACUUUCAUCGACUCGCAACCCCUGCUCCAACAUCAAGGCGAAUUGUUCGGGCCGCAAUUGUGCAUUCAUUCACGGCUUUAUUUGGCACAAUUUGCUUGUCAAGGUUAAGCGCACUGCUAAUUCGACUUCCUCUUCUCUUCCUCCCGAGUCGUGUCACCUUUGUCUUAAGCUUGUUCACUUACUCCGUUGCACCCGCUCCGGUCACAACGCUCACAGACCCCCUUGCACUCACUUAUGCUGCGAUACAUUCACAGCCACUGAUGGUGUCUGCUCGAAGCCUUACACGUAUGACGGCUCUCUCGCCUGCUAUAGUUAGUCCCUCGCUGCACCCGCGGUCCUUUUCACGACCACGCGAAACCAUGACACCUCUUCUUCCAUAUCGGCUCUCAAAGCUUAUUCUCCAUGCUGCCCGACUUAUGAUGUCUCUGGCUCUUGGGUUUGGAGGUUGGGUGACUACUGCUCGUGACCUAGGUGUAUCAAGUAGUAGUGGUGUCGCUCGAGGCAGUUUGUACGCCUAUGUGGUCGGGCUGAUUGCAGGGACGAUUGGUUGGAGUGUGCUGGGAGCAAUAGAAUGUGUAAUUGCUGAUAUUGUAGAUGCUUCCGUUAUCUGCUGGAGCAGUGAAGUCGGCGCAUAUGGCAGAGAAGCUAGGUAUUGUCGGGAGGCUGGCUGGGUCUUUGGAGGGGAAUUGAAUCCCAGCUCCCCCUAUACGAGCCAUCGAUAG